AGGCAGAGGAAGGUGUCCGCUACGUCGGAGCCAAUAGGAGGCGGGAAGGGGAGGGGUUUGGUGCCGGGCCUCAAGCUGUGGGGGCAGGCGAGUUGGUAAACAAGCGCCGCGCCUCGUGGUGCCACGGGGCGGGUGUUGAGGCGCGGAAGGCCGAGGGAGCGGCCGCAGCUGCAGCACGGACGGUGCUGUGCGGACGAGCACGUGAAAUAGUCCAUCAUGGCAAGUGAUGCCAUCAUGGUGAUGAGAGGAUUGGCAAAGCUCAGCAAGGCAGUCCUGGAGACACAAGCAGGACAACUCCGGCAAGUUGUCCUUGGUAGUGAUGUCCCAACUAUGGUCAGAAGCUUCCAGGCCAAUGCUGAAGAACAAUUUAGUGCUGCCAUGGGGAAAAUGCAGGAUCUAGGCAAACAGCAAGAAAACCUGAGAGAUGUUGGUGAGGACUUUGGAAAACAAUAUGACUUCUCAGAAUCAGAACUGGGAGGAGCUACAGAAGACUUAUCCUCUUCUCAAGACCAGCCUCCUAAGCCUAGUGGUGCAGAGGGCCCAUCUUACUCUUAUGUUGCCAAAGGACCUUUUCCGGAUGUUGGUGGGAGUGGAGGUUCCAGUUCGAGUCAGAACCCCAUCUCUGCCAAAGUGAAUGCAAAGCUCUUUGGAGGCUUUAGGAACCCUGGGAUUCCUUAUGCUGCUGCCUUUGGGCAAAGCCGGUCUUUUCACCAAGACCAUUCCUCUGUUGGUGGAUUAACUGCAGAAGAUAUUGAAAAAGCCAGGCAAGCAAAAGCAGAUCCACAGCACAAACCACACAGACAGAUGCUCAGUGAACGUGCUCGAGAGCGGAAGGUGCCUGUUACUCGAAUUGGGAGACUUGCCAACUUUGGAGGCUUAGCAGUUGGCCUUGGCAUUGGAGCACUGGCAGAGGUUGCAAAGAAGAGCCUUAGGCCUGAAGAGCGCAGUGGAAAGAAUGGUGUUGCAGAUUCCAGCCCAUUUCUGUCAGAAGCCAAUGCGGAAAGAAUUGUUAGGACACUGUGCAAGGUUCGUGGUGCUGCGCUGAAGCUGGGACAGAUGCUGAGCAUUCAAGACGAUGCCUUCAUCAACCCUCACCUGCAGAAGAUCUUUGAACGUGUCCGUCAGAGUGCAGACUUCAUGCCUAUAAAACAAAUGAUGAAAACACUGAACCAUGACCUUGGCCCUAACUGGCGUGAUAAAUUAGAGUUUUUUGAGGAGCGUCCUUUUGCUGCAGCAUCAAUUGGACAAGUUCACCUGGCUCGCUUGAAGAAUGGUAAAGAAGUUGCCAUGAAAAUCCAGUAUCCUGGAGUGGCCCAGAGUAUCAAUAGUGAUGUCAGCAACCUGAUGACUGUCCUCAGUAUGAGCAAUGUUCUCCCAGAAGGUCUAUUCCCUGAACAUUUGAUUGAAGUUCUGAGCAGAGAACUGGCCCUGGAGUGUGAUUACCAGAGAGAAGCAACCUGUGUAAUGAAAUUCAGAGAGCUGCUCAAGGACCAUCCAUUCUUUUAUGUCCCUGCUGUGGUAGAGGAACUGUGCAGCUCACAUGUCUUGACCACUGAGCUGGUGUCAGGGUUUCCACUGGAUCAAGCUGAAGGACUGAGCCAGGAGAUCCGGAAUGAGAUCUGCCACAACAUACUGGUUUUGUGUCUCCGGGAGCUGUUUGAGUUCAGAUACAUGCAGACUGAUCCAAACUGGUCCAAUUUCUUCUAUGACCCAGAAUUGCAUAAGGUGGCACUUCUUGAUUUUGGAGCAACCCGGGGUUAUGACGAAAAAUUUACAGAUACCUACAUAGAGUUAAUCAAAGCAGCUGCUGAAAUGGAUCGAGAGGAAGUGCUGAAGAAGUCAAUAGAAAUGAAGUUUCUGACUGGUUAUGAGGUCAAGGCUAUGGAAGAUGCUCACUUAGAUGCUGUCCUGACCCUUGGAGAGGCAUUUGCGUCUGAUGAACCUUUUGACUUUGGCUCCCAACAAACUACAGAGAAGAUACAUGGCUUGAUCCCAGUGAUGCUGAAGCACAGGCUAGUUCCUCCACCAGAGGAGACCUACUCUCUCCAUCGGAAAAUGGGAGGUUCUUUUCUCAUAUGCUCCAAACUGAAGGCCAAAAUUCCAUGCAAGAACAUGUUUCAGGAAACCUACAGUAACUACUGGAGCAGAAAGGCUAAGAAGGAAUAGUAGCACAGAACAGUGGAACACCAUCUUGUGUGUAUGGCCAAUCAGUCCAGGUUCUAGUAAACCACCAUUCAGUUUCUUCUCACACCUUGCGAAUCACCAGAGAAGUUCAGCAGUGUCGCCUGGAAACAGAAUACUUGGUUUUAAGAACAGUGUUGGUCAUAUCUCCUGCACUUUACACUCUUACUAGAUUAUCUGUGUAAUCUGUUUGACAGGAAAUGGUGGUCAUCUAGUGUAGGGAAUGUGGGAGAAAAACUGGGAGCUGUAUUUCUUAACUGUCCUAGGUAUCAGCUGUUCUUUAUAUUUUAAUACUGUGUACCUUUAAAAAAAUAACAAGGGGUGAAAGAAAGAGAAAACAAAAGAAGUAGGCACUGAAAUCCAUUUGCAAUUCUCCAAAUAUCUGAGGCUUUUCCCUUUUUAAAGAUGUUCUUUAAUUUCCUUUUCUUCUAGGGUAGAAUGCAAAUGGUUUCAUGUCAUGAAGUAUAAAUUGCCAACGUACAUUACAAAGGAGCCCUAUUUUUGUAUGGUAGUUGGUGGGAGUCUGCAGCACUCAGGACCUCCUGAUAGAGCAGUGUCCGAUGUGUACAUAUGCUUUCAGUCUCUCUGGUGUUCAAGGAAAGUGAAGACAUUAAAGAACUGGAUGCAGGUGGCACAAUUGUGUAAACACCCUAGUUUGACACGGAGUUGCUCAUCUCCAGUUCUUCGAGCUGAAUGUAUAAGCAGAAAGAAUGUCGUUAACGUGGUUCCUAUUAAGAGGACAAAGAGAAACCACAGCUCUGACCGGAAUCUAUAGAAACCCAACUAUGAAGUUAAACUUUCCCGAUCUUCUUGCUUGCAUCUUGAUAAUGCAGCCUUUGAUGGAAGGUGGGGUGUGGGAUUGGGGGCAUAUACUUUGGACUCCUUAUAACCAUAUCAAAGAAGUUAUUUCAAAGUGUCAUUGAAAAGCAUAAUAAACAUUUAAGUAGCUAAACGCACAACUUCAAGCAAUUGGAGGCAGGAUAAGAAAUAUAUUUUGGAUUUUUUUUGUACAACAGUUGAGGCUGUACAACUUUUAACUGAUUUCCAAUAAAGAAGUGCUUGUGCAGAAA